AUGUUUUACCACAUAUCAUUAGAACACGAAAUAUUAUUGCACCCUCGAUACUUCGGGCCACAAUUAUUAGAUACUGUUAAGCAGAAGCUUUAUACUGAAGUUGAGGGGACAUGUACAGGAAAGUAUGGGUUUGUAAUAGCAGUGACAACAAUAGAUAGCAUUGGGGCUGGUCUUAUUCAGCCUGGCCAAGGAUUUGUUGUGUAUCCUGUGAAGUAUAAGGCAAUUGUCUUCAGACCUUUUAAAGGAGAAGUACUUGAUGCUAUUGUAACACAAGUGAAUAAGGUAGGUAUGUUUGCUCAGAUUGGACCACUAAGCUGCUUUAUUUCCCACCAUUCAAUCCCUGCUGACAUGGAAUUUUGUCCAAAUGUCAAUCCACCAUGCUACAAAAGUAAACAGGAAGAUAAUGUUAUUCAAGAGGAAGAUGUUAUCAGAUUAAAAAUUGUUGGAACAAGAGUUGAUGCAACAGGCAUUUUCGCUAUUGGCACCUUGAUGGACGACUAUCUAGGUUUAGUGACACAAUAA